UCGUUGUUGUCCAUUUCUUUUUCUACUUUAUUUCCAUUCUAACCUUUUGAAUACGUUGUUCAUUCAUUCAUGACCAAAACCUCUGCCACACUUUCCCACGCUGGUCUUCUUCCUACGCAAUCACUACUCACUUUGCUGUUUCUUCAGUCACGAUGAUGGAUACCACGUCUCAAACAAUGGAAGAAGAUUAAACAAGUUUGUUUCACUUGGCUUUUGAAACUUUGAUGGCUUUGCUUCUGAAAAAACUACGUGUGCCUAUAGUUCAUGAUGAUGGUGGUGAUUACAGCUAUGAGUAUUCCUUUGCAGAGGAAUACGAAGGCCCUCCUCUCAGCUACUCCGUCCCAGAAGCACUUCCUUUCAACCUUCACCAAGUUCCACUUGCUCAUGUUGCUCCUUCUCCCCCUCAUCACUUGUCACUCCCAGUAAUCCAACCCUUUAGAAGAAAAACCAACGUAGAUUCGGCUUUAACCACUUCUUCUGACUCACUUUCAUGCAGAGAAGAGGAUCAUGAUGAAAACCGUCUUAGUCCAAAACAUGUUAAACAACCUUCCGUGGUUACUUUUCCUGAUCAUGAUGAAGAGUUUGUUGAGUAUGUUGGUGGAGAAAGUAAUAGUAAUAGUAAUAUUAAUAGUAAGAGUAAGAGUGAUCGUGUGAGGCCACAUGCUGUGAGAGAUGGGAAGAAAGGGUCGUGUUAUCGAUGCCUUAAAGGAAAUCAUUUCACUGAGAGGGAAGUUUGUAUUGUUUGCAGUGCUAAGUAUUGCUGCAACUGUGUGGUUAGAGCAAUGGGGUCCAUGCCUGAAGGAAGAAAAUGUGUCACUUGCAUUGGUUAUAGGAUUGACGAGAACAAGAGGGGGAAGCUUGGCAAACCUUCUCGGAUGCUCAAGAACUUGUUGUCUCGGUGGGAAGUGAAGCAAAUAAUGAAAGAUGAGAUGCUUUGUGAAAUAAAUCAAAUACCGGCAGAAUAUGUUCGUGUGAAUGGAGAGCCUCUUGAUUGGGAUCAGCUCGUGUUGCUUUUGACAUGUUCAAACCCACCAAAAGGAUUGAAACCGGGUUUCUAUUGGUAUGAUAAAUCAUCUGGAUUUUGGGGAAAGGAAGGUCAACGGCCAAGUCAAAUUAUUAGCCCAGCCUUGGAGAUUGGGGGUGACCUGCAGAGAAAUGCAAGCCAUGGAAUGACAAAUGUAACUAUAAAUGGUCGAGAGAUUACCAAAGAAGAGCUACGGCUACUGAAGUGGGCAAGAGUGCCGUGUGAGGGGACAACUGACUUUUGGGUGAGUCAUGACGGAUCAUACAGCGAAGUGGGACAGAGGAAUGUCAAGGGGCGUAUAUGGGAGAAGUCUACAGUGAAGCUGGUUUCUCUAUUUCUAUCACUGCCUGUUCCUUCUAGCUCUUUGACUCCUGCUGGCGAAGGAGAAAAUGGAACUGGCCAACACAACCUUCAAAAGAAAACGCAUCACAAAUUUUUACUUGUUGGUUCUGUCAAGUCUGGAACAUGUACCAUAUUUAAACAGGCCAAACUUCUGUAUAAUGUUCCUUUCUCUGAAAAUGAGCGCCAAAACAUUAAGCUGGUUAUUCAAAGCAACUUGUUUAGGUACCUUGGUGUACUACUGGAGGCGCGAGAAUAUUUUGAAGAGAGUUGGUGUCAGAAAAGUAAAGGACGACAUGUUGAUGAAUCAACUUCUUCUGGGAUUAGUGGGGAAAUUAUUGACAGGACACCCUAUUCCAUUGGUCCAAGACUGAAGAUAUUCUCAGAAUGGCUACUGAAAUACACGGUUUCAGGUAACUUGGAAGCAAUAUUUCCAGCUGCUGCUCGUGAAUAUGCUCCACUGGUGGAAGAACUGUGGAGAGAUGCAGCCAUUCGGGCCACAUAUAGUAGGAGAAAUGAAAUAAAAAAUUUACCAACAAAUGCUAAUUAUUUUCUAGAGCGAGCUGUUGAAAUUUCCAGCAUAGAUUACGAACCCUUGGACAUGGACAUCUUGUAUUCUGAGGGGAUAACCUUAUCCAAUAGUCUUUCUUCUAUGGAAUUUUCAUUUACUGUGUCAGGUCAUGAAGACUCAUUGGACCCUGCAUAUCAACAUGAUCCUUCACUCAGCUACCAGCUCAUCAGAAUAAAUUCAAAAAGCCUUGGAGUAAACUGCAAGUGGUUGGAUAUGUUUGACGACACUGAUGUAGUCUUAUUCUCUGUUGCCUUAACUGACUAUGAUGAGUACACAGUAGACAGUAAUGGAGUUGCUACCAACAAAAUAUUAGCAGCCAAACAUCUUUUUGAAAAUAUUAUCACUCACAGAGUCUUCAGAAACAAGAAUUUUCUUUUACUAUUGACCAAGUUUGAUCUGCUCGAGGAAAAGAUUGAAAGGAUGCCUCUAACACAAUGUGAAUGGUUUAAUGAUUUCCAUCCGGUUAUUAGCCACAACCAAAAGACGGUUAAAAUUAGUAAAUAUAGCAAUCAUCCUCCAUUGGCUCAACGUGCUUUUCAAUACAUUGGUUUGAAGUUUAAGAGAUUGUUCCAUUCUCUCACUAAUCGGAAGCUGUUUGUUUCAUUGGUUACUGGGUUGGAACCUAGUACUGUUGAUGAAGCUCUUAGAUACGCCAGAGAGGUUAUGGUGUGGGAAAAAUGGGACACCUCUUUGAGAAAUGAGAAGUCUGAGAUAACAUCCACAACAUUUGAGGCAAGUUCUGAUGAAAAAUAUAAUAACUAUUAUCCCUCCUAGAAAAUCUCCGUAUAUAUUUUCUCUCUCACAUUUUGGAAUCAAUAUGUGCUGCGAUUAAUAUUGAAGGGAAUGGUGCAACGUAA